UAAUAAUUACACACGCUUAUCCUUAUAAUUUCUAUCUUACACAAUUCGAUAUCUGUUAUGUAUCAACAGAUGUACAACUAUGGGCCAUCCUCCCAAUCUUCCACAUCCUUAAAAGAAGAGUGUCAUGAAGUCAAUAAAAAUGACACAAAUAGAAAUGCAGACAAUUUGUUCUAUAACAACUCAACUCAAUCUCACCACUAUCACUCCCCUAUCAACACUUCGUUUAGCCUGAGAUACCCUUCUUUUGAUUCAAACAGCUUUGAUCACACACCAUCACAAGAAAUAUAUGCUAGUCGAAACCAAGAUCAUGCUUCUAUUGCUACUUUUAAUGAUUUUCAUGCAAUAAGCUCUUCUCAAGAUAUUGUAGCCAGUCUAACCAAUGCACCUAUGUUUGACCAUGUAGAAACAUCCCAUACAUCUACCAUCACCACUACAGCCACUGUAUUACCACCCUUAAAUACAACACCUAUUGUGAUGGCUCCUCUUCAACACCACCCAGCUGCAUCUCAUCAAACGUAUCUAUUGGCCCAUAAGAAACCAUUAAAGGGCUCACCACGUCCUUCACGUGAAAGAGCACCAUGGACACCUGAAGAAGAUAACCUGUUAAAACUAGCAGUCCAACUCUACGGCGAUAAGACAGAGAAAUGGGCCAAGAUUGCAGCCUGCGUUCCUGGGCGAACCAAUAAGAAUUGCCGAAAACGAUGGUUUCACUCAUUGGAUCCUUCACUUCGCAAAGGUGCAUGGACAGAGGAAGAAGACCAGUUAUUGAGAGAAGGUGUUUCUAAAUUUCCUAACCAAUGGAGUAAGAUUGCAGACAUGUUACCUGGUCGAACAGACGAUCAAUGCGCCAAACGAUGGCGAGAAAGUCUUGAUCCCAGUAUUGAUCGAUCUGAUUGGACAGCCAUGGAAGACAGUCUAUUGAUGGAGAAGUACGAAGAAUAUGGUUCUCAAUGGCAAAAGAUUGCCUUCUUUUUUGAUGGAAGACCUGGUUUGCAUUGUAGAAAUCGCUGGCGAAAACUUCAGAGAAUGGUCCAAGUCAAGAAAGAUAAAGAAGGGACGGAUGCUCCAUUUUAUAAUACAUUGGCCGAAGGAGGAAGAACACUUCGGUUUCAACAUACCAAUUCAGCUUCAUUGGCUUCAAAUCCAAAAUUGACAAUAGCAGAGCCACCUAAAGAAACCGCCUUGAUUCACCUCGAUCAUCAUGAUACAACAACACAUACUACUCAUCAUACUACACAUAAUAAUACCUCAUCUUCUUAUUCUCAACUCACAUCCCUGUUAUCUCAUCCUCAACAACAACAACAACAACAACAACAACAUGAUCCUUCUGUGCUUGUUCAAUUCACAAAUACAAAUACAUCUGUUGUGCCUGAUGAUUUUGAUGAAUAUGGUCAUGGCAUCAAACCUUAUGGCUGUGAUGUGCCUGGUUGCUAUGCUGUGUUUGCUGCUUCAGCAGGACUCUUUUAUCAUAUGAAGAACAGUCACCCUAAUUUAGAAGGCAUUGAUAAACCUUAUCGUUGUGCCAUGGUGAACUGUCAAAAAAAGUAUAAGAAUAUCAAUGGACUUCAGUACCAUAUUAAAGAUGCCAAAGGUACAACAGGGCAUGGUGGUAAUGGACUCACAGGGGAAGACGAUCGCCCUUAUCGGUGUAUGAUUGGUACUUGUAAAAAGGCUUACAGAACAGCAAGUGGGUUUCGAUAUCAUCAACGCAAUGGACAUAAUAUACAACCCACUCUGAAUGAACAUGUAAAUAUGAACCCUACUAUUUCGCCUCUGCAACAGACACAGCCCUUAUCAACACAACCACAAGCACAAUUUCGAAUUAAACGAGAGAAAUGGGUGCU